AUGUGGACCGCAGGCCGGAGUUUGCCCACCUCUGGCCUAGAGGAAGUGAUUAUGAUAGACUGUAAGGAUAAACUUCAGAAGGGUGUGUAUCAGAUUUUGGAAUGGGUGGAAAAGAAUCAAAAUCAGUCCAUAAAGAAGUUUUGGAAAUGUGUCUUUAAGAAUCAUAUCCGACUAAAAUAUUCUACCAUGCAGUCACUCAGAGCCAGUCUUCUGGAUGGUCCCAGUGCAAAGAAAGUGAUCAAAAGUAAAAAACCUUUAAUUGAGAAACAGAAAAAGACAGCAAAUGAACCAGGUCCUUCAUCUUCCUUUAUCCCCAGUCCAAAGAAACCAGUGACUUUCGGCUCCUACAAGGAGAUUGGUAAGGCACAGAAAGCAAUCAAGAAGAAGAAUAACCCAAUCCAAAAAUCCAGAAAGACACCAAAGGAUGGGAAAACCAACAAAAUAAAGAAAGCCCUUCCAACGUCCAACAAGAAAAAUCCCAGUGCAAAAAAACCUACCAAGAGUAAAGAGCCCUCAAGCAAGAAACAGAAAAAGACAGCAAAUGAAAAGACAAUAGCUGAUUUAAAUAAGGAAUUACUUAGAAAAAUGGAAAAGGAGGAACCAGGUCCUUCAUCUUCCUUCAUCUCUAAUCAAAAGAAACCAGCCAAAAACGUUACCACUGCUGCAGGACUGAAACCAGGAAAGACGACCAAGGAAAAGAAGACAGGAAUAAAGAGAAAGAAAGCUGGUGAAGACACAGAAAAGGAAAAGCCAGGCCCUUCAAUUACCGUCAACAUUAAGAUGACCCCAGCAAUUAGUCAAACCCUGUCGUUCACUAAGAUUCCUGGUGCCGAAAAAAUAAGUGUUAAUGGGAUUACUGCAGACCUGAAUCAUGAAGAGAUGACUAAGGAAAAGAAGACAGGAAUAAAGAGAAAAAAUAGUGAUAAAGAGACAGAAGAGGAAAAACCAGGCCCUUCAUCUCUUGUCACCAAUAAGCAGAUGAAACCAUCAAUGAACCAAAUGCAAUUCUCUUCAUCAAAGAAGGAGGAAAACCAUGACAUGGAUUGGUCAUGGAGUUUGUAUAAAACUCAGCUACAUGUUACCUGUGGAGAUAAAGCAGGCAUGCUGCAUCAGGAAAAGUUGGCCAAAGGGGAGGAGUGUAUUCUGUCUGAGGGAAGCUGGUAUACACCAUUUGGUUUUGAGAAGUUUGCAGGAAAGGGGAACUGCAAGAACUGGAAAUCCAGUAUCCGCUGUCAAAACACCACACUGCAGAAACUUAUAGAGAGUGGCCAUCUGCAGUGUGCACCCAUGAUGCAACGUACAGUCCAAAAGAGUCGCACAAAGAAUAAUACAGUUCAGAGGGAUGACCAACUGCAGCGUCCACAUACAAUCUGUAGCAGCCUUCAGAAGACUCAGAAUGUGACUGUCAGCAUUCAGUUGUGA